AUGAACAACAUGACCUUCAACACCAGCGGAGGAGACGCAUUCUGGGAUUUGGGAGACGACCAACGGCAACAGUUUCAGCAGUUCACCCACCAGAUGUCUUCAAAUCAGCAGCACAUGGCCUCAACUUCAGGCCACAGCAGUCCCCAGUCCUCUCACGGCGCCAUGCCCGCACAACGAAUCUGGCCUAUGCCCCUCGACAUGAGUUCCGGCGCCAUCGAGCACUCGAGCCCGCCCGAGUCGCACCACCAGCAUCAUCACCAGCACCACUCGAGCUCGCCUGCGCAGAGCGCCUCGCCGCUGUCUCAGUCCUCGCCAUACCAGCAGCCCGGCAGCAUGCUCACCGACUUUGCCUUGCAACAGCACCUGCAACAGCACCAGCAGUCCACGCCCGACUUCUCAUCCUACAUCUCCGACCCUUUCAUGCCUGUGACCUACGACAGCUUUGCCUCCAACUUUGCGCCCAUCAACCCCAUCAGCUACCUGCCCGCAACAACCCAGCAAUUGCCCACCAACUUUUUGCAAGCGGCCGCGUUCAACUCCAUGCCGCCCAUGGACGACAGCGUCCCCGCCAUGACCUGGCCCAACCUUCCCAUGGACAACUGGCAAGAUCUUCAGGCUGCUGUGCCCCCCAUGCAACUUGGCUCCUUGCCGCACACUGUCGGCAGCAGUUCGCCCACCGGCACGUUUCUCGAGGUCCUGUCCCUCGCUAGCUCCAACGAGGGCAGCUGGAUCAUGGUCGGCGAUCAGAACAACGCUGGCAGCUUCAACCAGUUCCAGCAGGCGCAGCAGAACGCCGCCAUUUUCAACCCUGGACAGACUCUGCACCUGAGGACAAAUUCUGACUCGUCAGACGGCGCCAACUCGUUCGAGCUCGGCAGUUACGAGGAGAUCCCGCCUUUCCCCAUCUCCCCCUUUUCUCCCGGCUCCGACUCGUACCCUGAGCAGCACGCUUCUCACCGCAGCUGCUACGGCGAGAACCACAACCAUCACCAUGACACCGUUUCUCCGACUGCCGCCGUCGCCCCCGUGCCCAUCCAGACCACCUCGAGCAGGCCGAGCCCCGCGAGCGGCUCUGGUGCCACCUCGCCGCCCAUCGUGUCCACGCGUCGCAACUCCGGCCAGCGCAAGAGCCCUACCAGCAAGACUGCUAAGCCUGUCAUCCGCCGCACCUCCAACGGCCGCAAGGAUGGCUCCGUCGAGAAGAAGGUCGGCCGCAGACGUGGUCCCUUGUCCGAGGAGCAGCGCAAGCAGGCUGGUGAGAUCAGGAAGCUGCGUGCUUGCCUCCGUUGCAAGUUUUUGAAAAAGACGUGCGACAAGGGCGAGCCUUGCGGCGGUUGCCAGCCUUCCCACGCCCGCCUUUGGCAGGUUCCUUGCACUCGUAUUGACAUCAAGGAUAUCAACUACUUCCUCAAGGGCUGGAAGGUUGACUACGAGCGCCACACCAGCCGCAAUGUCUCCGUCUUCAAUGUCAAGGGCUUCUCUCCGAACGAGACGUUGAUGUGGAUCACCCACGGCUACGGCUUCGCCCUGCCGGUUUACGUCCGCGAGGUCUAUGUCAACGACGAGAGCGUUUUCCAGGUUGACUGGGUUGAGUCUCAUCUCACCGACCAAGAACCUAUCGAGUUUGACAUUCGCACUGAUAGGCUGGAUGUCGGCGCCAAGGGCGUUUCCGUUGAUGCUCUGUCUGCCUACCUUGACAAGCACAUUGACGGGCCUUUCGAGGAGUUUAUUGACGACCACUUCGAGGGCACCCCCUUCAUCACUGAGAUUCUCAAGACUGCUCACCGCUUCUAUGUCAAGGAGAAGAUGCCCGUCAUUCGCAAGGCUCUCAAGCUCGUCCUCGCUUACAACCUGACAAUGCACAUCACCAUGAUCCAGCAGCAAGGUGACGAGGCCGGAAGCGACGGACAGAUCGAUGAUGAGGACUCCAAGUUCUACGGCCAGACCGUAGCCCCUGUCAUGGUCAACUUCCAGAUCAAGUGCGCCCUCGCCGAUAUGUGGCGUGAGCUGCAGCGUGACAUCCUCGAGGAGCUGUCGUCGCUCUACUCGAGCGUCUACAGUGGCGAGCGACUGAAGAACUGGCCCACCAUCUUCAUGCUCGCCUCGAUCCUGCUCGCCGUCUGGGAGGAGAUGCAGUUCGACUCUCACUACCGCAUGCCCGACCCUGCUGCCGUCAACAAGUUCUGUUCGGACAUGGAGACGACGCCCGUUGGUGUCAUUGUCGGUCUCUUCCACGCCAUCUCACAAAAGCUCCCUGCCUUCACCGAGUGGGACACCGCCAAGCACGGCCACAUUCUCAACAACAACACGGCUGUCUGUGAGGCUAUGACUGAAGUCCGCGAGCACGUCCGCAAGCAUGAGGACUACCUCCGUGCUCGUCCGGAGUGCACCUUUGACAGGAAUGACUUCGACUGCCUGUCGAACAAAUUCCUGUCCAAGCUAGUGAUCCGCGCCAACUAG